CUCAGCUCACUUGACUGAUCACACCAUGGCCGCCACAGCAGGUUCAUCGUCGUCUCCGUGCGCCAGCUUCGUCGAGGAAACCCUGCUCCUCCCCACGCGCAACGCCAGGCUGUUCGCGCCGGUCUUCGCGCUCGUCUUCGCCCACACCUUCGUCUUCCUCGCCGUCGCCGUCCUCCUCGCGCACCCUCUCGCCUCGGUCCAGCUCCACGACGGCCUCUCCUCGUGGCGCGACGCGACAUACGCCUUGUCGACCGACAAGAUCCGGCAGCACGGAGUGGUGCUGCUCAUCCUCUACCUCGCCUACCUCGCCAGCAAGCUCGCCACGCAGGCCACCGUCUGCCUCGCCGCCUCCGCCACACUGCGCAGUUCCGGCGACAACCGACCGUCCUCGCUCGCCGGGCUCUUCCGCGACAAGGCUCCCCGCGGCCUCUUCACGGGCGCCGCCCUCGUCGCCGCGGUCGAGCUCGCCUCCACGGCUGUCCUGGCAACGUGCCUUGCGUCCUGGUGGAGCUACGGCGCCGCCCACUUGGACACUGGCCGCGUGGAGUCCUUCGUGCAAGGCGUCCUGCUCUUCCUCUUCCUGCUCGCUCUCCUCUUCCGGCUCUGCCUCGCCGCCGUCUUCCAGGUGGCCAUCGCCGCGUCGGCGUCGCGGGAGGAAGGCUGCGACGGCGGCGGCGGUGCGAGCGCACUCCUCCGUGCGUGGCGUUUCAUGACAACCACGGCGAGGAGGAAGGAAGCUGCUGUUCAGGUGCUCGUGGUGAGCGUCGUGCUGCCGGUCGCCACGUACCCGGUGUACGCGUUUGCUCUGUACUGCGCGCAUGGCGAGUCCGUCUUCUUGCUGGGCGGCCUGCACGGGUUUGUUCUGCCGUCCGCCGGCGUGCAGCUCUACUCCACGGUGGCCGCCACGAUGUUCUACCACCGGUGCGUCGAGCUUCAUCCUGAGCCCGCCAUUCCUCUGACGGUGAAGCUGGCCAAAAUCUCUGAAACUCUGUCAUCCCCUGAGCCUGCAGACAGAUCUUAAAUUGAAUUGAUGAUGUAUUGUGUGUUAAAUCAUGGCUUCGACAAACAAUAAGUCAGGACUGAUGAGUUUCCCGUAAAGUGGGACGCUAUACUGAAUGUUUUUUGC